GGCUGCGGGAAUCCGCGGGCGGUCGAUUUUGAAUUGGCAGUCGUCUGUGUCGGUUUGGUGCGUUUCUUUCAAAUCAAACAAGAUGAACCAUCUGUGUGUGGCUUUGGCGAGAAAUCAUCGUUCGUGUGCGGUGCUGCUGAUGAUCGGUCGGCAUGGCCGCUGUGGACCACGGCUCCCCAGUAGCAGCACCACACUGCCACCCUUACUGUCGAGCCGGUUACUGUCGCAAUCGGUUCGGCUCUGCCAAACGGCCCCAUCCGUUAAGCCAGCACCGGCGAAUGGUCGACAGGAUAGCCGCCGACAGGAUGGUGCUCCUGCUGCGGGCGGGAAACGUGCGGCUGCUCCGGACAUCAAAAGCCUGCUGGAGGAACUGCGCUCGGAUGCCGUUGUUUACCGGCGAGUGCAGCUCGAGAAACUGAACCAGGUGUUGGCCAAACCGCACGAGAUUCCGCGCGAUGCGUUCGAGUUCCUGCUGGGCUGCUGCGGUACGCUGCUGUGUGCGGAAACACUCGAAACCCGGAUGCGUAUCUUCGAGCAGUUUUGGUUUUAUCUCGGCGAACCCGAGCUACGCCACUGGAAGGUGCUGCUGGAGGUGUACCGUGAAAAUGAGCGGUCGAUUACGGACGUACCGGCCUUUCUGGAGGGCAUGGGAGCGAUCGAGAAGGACAUCGAGCUUUACCGGGCACUAUUGGGCGCGCUGGCCGAGAAAGGUGACAUUGCCGAGAUGAAGCAGGUACGACGCAUACUGGAGCAGAUGAAGGCACCGCUGACGGUCGAGCUGCUGAACGUGAUGAUACGCGGCAACGGGCGGGCCGGUGAUCUCGACGGCGUACAGAUGGUGCUCGAGACGAUGGGUGCCAGUAACGUGUCCGCAAACGGCGAAACGUACGGUGAGCUCAUGAUUGCCUUCCUGGAGGGUGGAAUGGCCGAGCGGGUGCAAAAGUUGGUCCGCGAGAAAGGUUCCCUUCUUCGGGAGCGACAAACACUGGAGCUGCUUUCGUUGGCGUUUGAAAAAAGCCAAGUGGAAUUGGGGCGAUCGCUGCUUAAGCUGCUUCCCGAGGAACUGGUUACCGAUGGGCGAAUACAUUCUGCGCUCCGGAACGUGCUGAGUGGCCUGGUACGCCACGGACACUUCGAGGGAAUGCUGCUGCUACUCGAAGAGCUUCCGGUGCCACAGUUUCGGCCAAACGAAAGCCGGGACGCCUACGGAGCGUUCCUGAUGGUCGAGCUGCUACGGCACGGAGCGCCGCUUGAGAAGCUCACCAAACUGUUGGCCAUGCUCGUGCGCACCGAACGCAACCUGCACGCGUAUCACGUGGCGUGUGAAUGUGCUGCCAAGGCGGGCCAUGCGUAUUUUGCGCCCCUUCUGAGCGCACUGGCUCCACUGGAGGCGCUUCGGCCACACUACUUUUGGCCACUGUUCCUGCAGCGCGCUCAGGACGACGGUGAAGGCGGAGUGCUGGCGGUGUUGAAGAUGAUGCAGAAGCUGAACGUGGAACCGGAUCAUGAGACGAUCGUAACGUACGUGCUGCCAAAGCUGACCGUCACGCUGAAGGACGCUCGAGGUGCCCUGAAGAUCCUAGAGGAUCGAGGCGUACGGAUGGCCGUGCUAAUGACGCCCUUCCUUUCGCACCUGCUCUACCAGUACCGGUUUGCCGAGGUACUGGACAUCGUGCGUCGCUAUCCGACCAAACUGGACACCGAGCUACUCCUGUGGCCACUGAUUCUGCAGGCAAACAUUAACCGCACGCAAAGCCACCAGCGAACACUGUGUGAGGUGUUGCGCGCCCUCAAGGACAAAGCGGCCGAUGCGAAGCACGACGUCGGUGGGCAACUGCUGCUGGAGAUAAUCAGCAGCAAAAAGUCGAAACACGAUUCCGCCAGCUUGUACGCGCUUCUGCGAGAGUACGAACGGUUCGAGAUCCGCAUUUCGCGGAUGGCCGCCAGUGUGCUGAAGAACCAUUUCGGUCGCUCACCCGAACCGGCGGGCGGUGACGGUGAAUCGGUGGAUGUGUUACUGCGCCGCCUCACCGACGAUCAGUUGACGAUCACUUCGAAGGAACUAUUUGACACGAUUAGCGUGCAUCCGCGCGACAUGACCUACGACGAGCUCGAGUGCCACCUGGUGGAGCUGGAGCAGAAGAAGCUCAACACACGGGGCGUACUUCGGCGACUGUUGCAGCUGUCCGUGCGCGAGAACCGUCUCGAUCGAGCCCUCGAACUGAAGCAACGGUGCGACGAGGCGAAGGUCGAGCAAAGCUCCGGCAUGGUGGCCUCGCUGCUCGAGCUCUACACCAAACGGGGUGACGCGGAACGGGCUGGCAAGACACUGGUGCAACUGCGCCGCCAGUUUCCCGGGUUCGUUAUCGACGAGCACAAAGUGAUCGACUUCGCAGCGCUGCUCGUAUCGCGCGGACAGUUUGAUGGCGCAAAGAAAGUGCUCCGUGAACGUGCCACCGCCGGAGGCAAGCUGCGCGGGGCUGACGGGGCGUCGAGUAAAAACAUUUGGCAGCUGCUUACGAAUACGGCCGAAAAGGCAGCGAGCGGCAGCGGGCCACCCGUAUCACCCAACACCACCCGGAAGAUGCUCGAUUUCGUUGCCGAACUUGGGUACUGCACGUACGACAACGCACUGCUUGGCCCGGUACUGCGCGAGUACCUGCUGGCCGGCCACAAGCGCUACGCCAUCGAAGAGUUUCAACGCAUCGCGAAGGAAAAGCGGCGCACUCCGUUGCAGCUGGAAAUCCUCACGCUGCUCGUGGGACUAACGAAUGGGGCCGAUCCAGCGAGCGUUUCGGUGGACGAGGCGAAAGCACUACUCAGCGACACGCUGCAGGUUGUGUCGCAAAUCCACGGACCGGUCAACACGAACAACACGCUAAUCGUGGCCCUGGCCGAUGCCGGUACCGAGGCCCAGCUGCGGCGCAUGCUGAUCAACCCGGAGGUGCGCAUCAACCACGCGUACAUCCUGACACAGUGCGAGUUCCUCGUCGCCAGCGGCAAACUCGACGUUGUGCUGCGGUUGGCCAAGUGCAGCAAGGGGUUGGCGAAUGUGCGCGAGAACGACUUCCUGCUGCUCGCGCUGGGACAGUACGUGCGGGAGAACAACUGCGAGGCGGCCGUCCAGCUGUUCCAGCGGCUGGUGAGCGACGAGGACGAACUCAAGGUGACCGGCGACUUUGCCCGCAAGCUGUCCGAUCUGCUCGAAGCCAACAACUACGAGAUACCGCCGAGCUUACAGCUGUACCUAAAGUAAAGGGCUCGCUCCGUUCGUUCCGGUUCCGGUUCGGUCGCCGGAUAGCUAGCUAGUGCGUGCGUGCGUGUUUGUAAAUAACCGGAAAGUUGAGAAAAUGUUUUUGUAACGCCGUAUG